AUGGAUCUGGAUCGGUCUGUUCAGAGACUCAUGGCAGUGAGAAAAUGGUUUGACGUCUCUUGCAACAGUCAAUAUCCUUUUGUGUGUUAUGAAGUGUUUGUUCUGCGUGUUGUUUUUGAUCAGUCUCUCUCUAGUUUCUGCUUGUGCUCUGUCUGGUUUCCAGAUAAACUGAUUGUGAUCAGAGAGAAUGUGACGUGGUCUGAAGCUCUGAGAUACUGCAGACAGAAACAUGUGGAUCUGGUCUCGGUUCAUUCAGAAGAGAUGCAGCGUCGUGUGAUGAACGUGGUUAAACUGGCGUCUACUGCGGAGGUGUGGUUGGGUUUACGUUACUCUCACAUUUUGGGCAUCUGGUAUUGGGUGAGUGGAGAUACCGUGUGCUAUCAGAACUGGGCUCCAGGGAACGGCUCAUCAGAGGAGGACUGUGAACACACAGUGAGAUCUGGAGCAGUUCAGUCUGGAGGAGAUCAGCGCUGGAUCAGCCUUCCUGAGACUCACAAACUCAACUUCAUCUGUAGCAGAUAUUCAGAGUGA